AUGUGGUCUAAAUUUGUGGAGAGGUUUUAUCCUUCCAUUUCAAAAGCAACCAUUGGGUUUAGAAAUUUUGCUCAAAGUGCUAAUACUGCAAGCACCUCUACUACAACAAAAAUUUUACCGAAUGCUGUUUCACCACCUCAUUAUACUUUAGUAACUAUACGAACUGGUUCAAAUUUAGAGCCUUUAAGAUUUCAAUGUGUUCCAACAAAUUUAUUAUUUCAACCGUUAAGACGUGACUUACUUUGGUCUGCAGUAGUUUAUGAAAGAGAUGUUCAACGUGUAGGUGCUUCAAAUCCACCAAGUAGAUCCACAAACGGCUAUUCUCGUCGUAAAUUAUAUAAACAAAAAGGUACUGGUCGUGCUCGUGUAGGUGAUGCUAAUUCGCCAACGAGAUCUACUGGUGGUCGUGCUUUAGCAAGACGUGCUCCAAAUGAUUUUUCAACAGAAUUAAAUUCAAAAACUUGGAACUUAGCUAUGCGUAAUGCAUUUUCACAUAAAUAUCGUGAAGGAAGGUUAUAUGUUUUGGAGAAUAAUUCGACUUUGGAAGAUAAGAUCAUUCCUCGUUCAAUAUUUAUAACUGAUAAUCCAGAUAUUGAAGAUAGAGUUUCUCCUUCUGAUUUAAGAGUUGUAGAUUUGUUAGGAGCUCGUAAAGUUUUAAUCGAUCUUAAUGCUUUACAAACGAUAAAUAAAUUAACUUGUAAAUAA